CACUGUUAUAACUGUAUAGCUGCUGAACUUGUAAGCUUCACAGUUCUCAUCUCUUCGCUCCAACAAUUUGCGGUUUGUUUUUGGUUGCAGCUAGACUGUCCGAAGUUCAGUUGCUGUAGCAAGCAUGGGUAGACAGCAUUGCAGUGUAAUAGUGGCUGCUUGCUUACUGUCUGUGUUUGCCGUUUGUGUGGGUCAAGCUCCAAUAGCUUUUGAAAAUGUUUGUGAAGAGGAAGGUUUUUCCGAUAACCUAUCAUGCGAGAGAGAAGAUGGAGUGAGGCACUGCUUCUCCAGAGAUGAACUUUGCAACAAUAAAACGCUGUGUGCUGAUGAAUUCGAUGAAGGGGUAACCACUGGAACUGGAUUGGACUGUGAUGGUAGUCUCACUGGUCGCAAGGCUACUGACAAUGGCAAAGUGGAGCCUGGAUUUCUGUGUUUCAGUGGCACUAUCCUGGACCUGGUACAACUGUGUGAUGGCAAGGCGGACUGUGAGGGUGGAGAUGAUGAGACACACCCUCUCUGUGCAAACAAGUGUCUAUUUCCCUACUAUGGAGGAUGUUUUCACACAAGGGAGUGUCAUUCCACCGCUAGAGAAGCAAGUUGUGGACUGUGUCGUCCAGGGUUCGCAAGAGACUCGAGGAAUUACGAAACUGGCGGAUGUAUUGAGGCUUCCUUCAGAUUCCAAAGUACCUACAGUGUGUGCGAAAAUCAGGGAAGAGAAGUUUUUGUAACACUUGAUACAACUGGGGUCCUUGAUCAGAGAGUGCUAGUGGAAGUCAGGAUAAUUGGUGGAACUGCUACAGUUGGUAAUGACUUCACAAUAUCAACAAGUCAGCUUGUAUUUGAGCAAUUUUCUGGUGGAGAAACAAGUAGAGGAGUAACUAUUGGGGCUGUACUCGACAGUGUUUCUGAAGGCAGUGAAACUAUUCUCCUGGAAGCUUCGUCUGGUGAUUGGCCAUUCACUAUUGGAGGGAAUAGUACUACUGUUACAAUCAAUGAUUGCAGUGCAGAGAACCUGUUUUUGCUUCCACGUCGAAUUGUUAGUGAGGGUUCUGGCUCAAUAACUACGAAUGUACAAUUGGCCAGAGGAGUUGGUACCCUGACAGAGGAUCUCAUUGUUAACAUAUCGACCAGUUCUGGAUCUGCGAUAGGCAACAUUGACUAUCGUGAGACACAGUUGACUCUCACCUUUCCUAGCGGAAGCCGAGGAGGAGAUAGGAUUCCAUUUUUAAUCUCCUUAAUUGAUGAUAACAUUGCUGAACAACAAGAACAUUUCCUUAUAACAGCUUCAACAAGUGGAAAUGGAAUUGGGAUAUACUCAAGAACAACAUACAGUCGAAGUGCAUUCAUUAGUGAUAAUGAUCCCUUCAUAGUUGAAUUUGAGUACCCAAGCUACACUGUAAUGGAAGGAGAGAGUGUGGAAGUCUGUCUAGUCAACACCACCAAUCCAGAGAGAGUCCAUAAUUUCAUCGUGCAGUUCUACACUUCAUAUGACUGUGAUAUUUCAUCCACUGUUACCGUAGUAGAUGAUGCAACAGCUGACUUAGAUUAUGAAGCACUGUAUAGCGAAAGUGAUGUCGUUUUCCCACCUGACACUAAUCGAGCAUGCACGAUUAUCAACACUUACCACGAUAACUUGCAAGAAGGAGUGGAACAAUUCAUUGUAAGGUCUGUACAUAGCAGUGGAGUUGGACAGACCUCUGAUUCUACAGAUAUUUUGAUUGUAAAUGUGAAUGUGGGUCCAGUGACAGUAUCGAUUGAAGAAUCACUCUAUUCAAUUACCCAACCUGAAGAUUCCGUGGAAAUAUGCAUUGUUUCUAAAGGCAGCCUGGAUGAAACAAUCACUAUAAGCCUACAAACUCAAUAUGAAACCGUGGAGCUGACACUUUCUGCAACAGUUACUCAUGCAUGCUCUAUUGUUAAUUUUUCUAGUGACCUGUUUUCCAGAAAUGGUCUCAUUGAGACCAUACAAGCUGUGAUCAUGUCAGAUAAUCGUCGAGUGACCCUUGACCGAUUUCAAGCCGAGAUAAUAUUGUUUGCUGGAAGUGGUGUUAAGGAUGAAUGUCCAGUCUUACUGGACCCUACCAAGGGACAAGUUGAACAGCUGCUCACUGAUGGACAGAUUCUCCCUGGCUCCAUUGCCAUAUACUCCUGUGAUGUCGGGUUGGUUCCUGAUGGAGCACGAUUCAGAGAGUGUACAGCUGAUCUCACCUGGUCAGGAAUCCCACCUAUUUGUAUUCAAGGUGUGGAAGGCGUUGUUGAAAGUUUGUCUAACGAUUUUAUUGUUGGAUUUCCUUUCACUGAUACGAACAUAUUUGAGUCACAAGCUCUUAUUGUUACCACAAAUGGUCAAUCUGUUAAUUUUCUCACUUACGGAAAUCAAUUUGAUAGUGUUUCUAUUGUUAGGAACACUGAUUAUACUUACACUGGCAUUCCAAACUCCUAUAGCAGGAAAGGUAUCAACAUAAAAGCAAAAACAAAUGAAAAAAUUGUUGUUCACGGCUUCCAGAGUACCGGUUUUUCAAUGGAUUUCUAUUUAGCGAUCAAUGUGAGGCCAGUGGUUGAUGUUCAAGAGUAUGAGUAUUAUUCAAUACCAUACAACUACCCCAGCUUGCUACACCUUGUUGCCACUGAAGACAACACUAUUGUUAACCUUGGAUCUUCAUCCAUCUCGCUGGAUCGCCUUCAAACACACCAAAUUGAUGAUAUUGCUUCUCUUACAUCAAUUAGAGUUUCAAGCGACAAACCUCUUUCUGUUAUCAGUUCUAAGAACUGUGUAGGAUCUUGUGACUACCUCAGCGAACAGUUGUUGCCCACUCACCUAUGGGGUAGAAGAUUCCUAGUGGCAUCAUUUCUUGGACUGAAAAAUGGAGAGAGCUUAAGAAUUUUGGCGUCAAAAUUUCCUACUACAGUCACAAUUGCGUGUGCAGGGAGUAACAUUCCUCGUGUAGAAUUUCUCUUUUCUCGUCUUGGUCAGUGGAGAGAUGUAAAACUUGAUGAGCAGUCUGGGGGUGUUAGGGACAGAUUUUGUGUAGUAGAAGCUACGAACCCAGUGCAUGUUCUUCAGUUUGCUCGAGUUAGUGUGGGUGAUUCGUACAUGAUGACCAUUCCAGCUGUUGAACAAUAUGGAGAAUAUUUCACCGGAUUCUAUGUUCCAAAUAUAUCUCCUUUUAACUUUGUAAAUCUCUAUGUGGCACCUGAACAUUUUGUUCCUGGAGGGAUUCUUGUUGACGGAGAUGCAGUGUUGGACUGGACAACUGUACGGUGUCAUAGUGGUGAAAUUUGUGGGUAUAUCUCAAGACCUGUUUUAGCAAGAAGAAAUUAUCACACGGUACAGCAUCAAGACCCCAGAGGCAGAAUAGGAAUAUCAGCGUACGGAUUUGAUACUGGACAGAACAGUUCUUACGGUUAUCCUGCAAGCAUGUACAUACCAUCUCCACAAAGUGUUGACGAAUGUGCACCAAACUUGAAUAUUUGCGAUCUAAAUGCCCAGUGUAUAAGUGUGAAUGGACGUUACGAAUGUGUCUGUAAUGAUGGCUAUGAGAAAAGAAGAGAUGAAACCUGUACUGAUAUAGAUGAGUGUGCAGUUGGUACUAGUGGCUGUGAUGUCAAUGCUUACUGCACUAACACUAUUGGUGGUAAUAACUGUACCUGCAAUACUGGCUUUAUUGGAACUGGGAGAGUAUGUACUCAAGAAUCGGAUUUAACUGAAUUUGAGGACUACUUACCAUUUAUCAACGACAAACAAGAAGCGAUAGAUCUAAGUGAUGAUUCAUGUUCAAAAAUACCAGUACCUGCCAUUCCCAUUGGACCUGACACAGUCACUCAAAUAUGGAUCUGUGAGAAUGGAGUCAUUUCUAUUGGUGAAAGACCCUUCAAGUUAUGGAGACCGAGACGUUUCCCCAGUGACAAUCCACUUAUCCAACAGGCAAACAUCUUAGCUCCAUUCUGGAAUGAUCAUGAGCCAAAUCCAGGUCUUGGAGCUGUGAAAUCUCAAAUUUUUGAAAAAGGUCCCGAUCAAACUGACCAAGGCAUUAAUAGAUUCGUUGCUCAUCAGCAAGGUCUGAAGGAGUUCAAAGGUGAAUGGAUGAUACUUGUGAGCUGGGAGAAUGUGUCACCAUACACUCGAUGCAGCGAUGUUCAAGUAGAGCAAAACUCCUACCAAGCUAUAAUUAUCUCCGAUUUUACAACAACAUAUGCUGUGUUCACUUAUAAUGCCAAUGCAUUGAAGUGGUCCAGUAUUUGUGAUGAUGUGUACUCUAUUAUUGGCUACAACUUUGAUCAGAGGAAGACAGAGUCUUUAAAUAUUCCCUCAUUUCAAAACCAUCGUUUCAGUGGAUCAAGUAACAUCAAACAAAUUCCUCUGAAAUUCCGGACUCAAAAUGUUCAAUGGGCCAACCUGAUCUAUCUCAUUGGCAAGGAUGAAAGCCCAAUACAACGUUCAGCUGCUGAAUGUGUAUCGAUGGGAAAUAGAGACGGGAGUCAGUUUAUGGACCGUGGUGUUCGUGUGGAACAAGGUCUGUCGUGUCCAUGCUCAGUAGAACAAGCAUUCCGAGAUCGAAGAUAUAUCCAUGCUGCUGCAUAUCUCGCUGAGAUCACUGGUGAUGAUAGAUUCCUUUCUAAGAACUGUUUUGUACAAGUGUUUAAGCCUCUCAGAGCUAAUAGAGGUGUUCAUAUGUGCUGCUACAGUACAAGUGAGGAGUCACAUGGAGCUCUGUUAGGAUCACCAUUCCAAAGUGAAGCAAGCUCUCUUUUACGAUUCCAUCCUUACACUGAGCGUGACGACUUUAUGGAAUAUGAUUACCAAUUUCAAAGGAGCUGUUGCUUCGGUAAAUCAGACAACAUGUGCCCGACUUACACCAACCAGCGCAGGGCUGAUGAAUGUUUGAGCUACACACCCUCAGAGUUUGCCUGGUUUUGGGGUGACCCUCACUUCAAGACACUGGAUGGUGCCGGCUAUACAUUCAAUGGAUGGGGAGAAUACAGCUUACUGGAGAUUAGCACAUCAGAGGUUCAGUUCCUUCUUCAAGGUCGGACCAAUCCUGUCAGCAACUCUAAAGCCACUCAACUGGUAGCCUUCGCUAUGGAGGCCUUACCAAACAACCCUGUUGAGAUACGACUGGAUACAGCUACGAAUAAGUUUAUCGUUCUUUUCAAAGGGUCUGAUAUUACUGACAGUGUCUCCACGAUAGGGGAUCUAUAUUUCUCACCAAAUUUUGAUGUCUUUAUAACCAGAGAUUCCCAAAAUGUCCUAGUGUGUGCUUUUCCUAUUGGCAUUUCCAUGACAGUCACAGUUUCUUCGGGGAUGCUCUCAUUUGUACUCGGAAUACCUGAUGAUUUCCGAAAUAUGACUCGAGGGCUCAUGGGCAAUUAUAAUGGAAUCGAAACGGAUGACCUCGUGUAUCGGAAUGGGACAAUGCUUGCUCAGAAUUCAUCCGAUAGAUUGAUUCAUGAAAUGGGACAAUCAUGGCAAAUCAGACCAGAUGAGUCAGUGUUUACAUAUCCUGAGGGCAAUACUGCACUGGACUUUGCUUUUCCUGACCACACCCCAGAGUUUCUGAACGAUGUGGUUGCCACGGCAAGUGUAGAGGUGUUGACUGCCUGUGGGGACAGUGUACAGUGCAUAUUCGAUACAUCUCAGACUGGUGACAUCAGUAUUGGGCUGGAGACUAAGCUCAUCAAUGAAGCAAAUGUGGCCUACAGGCAGCAAGCAAUCAACAGUCCACCACUCAUUGCUGGUCCCUCUGUUUUUAUGGUCACUCUGGGACAAGAAGCCGAGUUGGCCUUCACUGUAACAGACGAUAACAAUAUCUCAAGCGUGUCACUAAUUGGAGGCCUGCCCAUCAACUCAACUCUAAUGGUGUCACCAAUGAAUGGAUUUUCCGAAGUUACAUUUCGAUGGACUAUAACUGAGAUUGUCGAUGUGGCGCUGUUGUUUGUGGCUAGAGACGAGCGCGGUGCAGUGUCAGUGUUGAAUGUGCAGGUGCAGAUCUGUGCUUGUGAGAAUGGUGGUGACUGUACAGAAGUACAAAGUACUGCAGAGAAUACGGUGGUACUCAACUGUGACUGCCUUGAAGCCUAUGUAGGUAGGUUCUGUGCCGAUGACUCUGAUGGCUGCACUAGUGUGAUAUGCUUUGAGGAGGUGACAUGCGUCGAUGUCCCUGCCCCUGGAGUGGGGGUAAUGUGCGGACCAUGCCCAGUAGGGUAUUUUGGAGAUGGACAGAAAUGUGAUGAUAUCAACGAGUGUGAGGAGGAUGCUCACAACUGUACUGAUGUCUGUGUGAAUGUACAGGGAGGGUUCGAGUGUGCCUGUAACCAAGGUUACACACUAGCUGACACUACAUCAUGUACUGAUGUCGAUGAGUGUAGUGUAUUGAAUGGUGGUUGCCAUCAAGUAUGCAACAACUUUGAGGGAGGGUUCGAGUGCGACUGUUUGGACAGAUUUACAUUGAACAAUGACAACACAACAUGUCAAGUUAUACCGGAGUCUACUUGUUCCGGUGACGUUAUAUGCUCUCAGAAAUGUGUGAGGUUAUUUGGUGUGGACGUGUGUAGCUGUAACCUUGGAUACAUGUUGGACAGAGAUAAUGUCACCUGUUCAGAUAUUGACGAGUGUGUAGAGUCACCAUGUGAUCAAGAGUGCAGUAACUCUGAUGGAGGGUUCGAGUGUAUCUGUGAGGGAGGAUAUGUGUUGAACACGGAUGAGAGGAGCUGUUUGGAUAUAGACGAGUGCUUGGUGGCUGCUGAGAAUGACAAUGACCUUUGCACCUCUCCCAUGUUCUGCUCCAAUGUACCAGGUGGCUUUGAGUGUUUGUGUCCUGGGGGAACUGAGCAAGCAGGUGGCACAUGUGUCUUCAAAGAUAUAGACGAGUGCUCGGUAGCUGCCGAGAAUGAUACUGACCUUUGCACCUCUCCCAUGUUCUGCUCUAAUACACUGGGUGGCUUUGAGUGUUUGUGCCCUGGGGGGACUGAGCAAGCAGGUGGCACAUGUGUCUCCAUAGAUAUAGACGAGUGCUCGGUAGCUGCCGAGAAUGAUACUGACCUUUGCACCUCUCCCAUGUUCUGCUCUAAUACACUGGGUGGCUUUGAGUGUUUGUGUCCUGGGGGGACUGAGCAAGCAGGUGGCACAUGUGUCUCCAUAGAUACAAAUGUUCGUCGUGUCAAUGAUUCUGUGAUUGGAGAUCCACUGAUGACUGUACCUCUCUACCUCACCAACACUAGUGCACUACAGAGCAAUAUCAAUCUUGGAGAGAAUGAAGUUAUUAACCUGUGUUUUGAAAUCCAUGGUCGAUCUGAUGAAUAUUUCAAUCUCGUGUCUGACUCUUGUAUUAGCGUGAAUGCACAUUACCAGCGAGCAGAUCCACAACUACCCGCCAAUAUUAUUGAUGAGGUAACAGUACGAGCAGUUGGUCUUGAUGGGAUCUGCCGAAAUAUUGCAGUCAGUGUCGAAAAUUGCCAGGCAACAAUCGAUGGAUCUGUGCUCGAUGAGACGUACACAAGUGCUGGAAUAUCUGUGAGACUGUAUCGAAAUCGUGUUCGAAUUUCUGCUCCUAAUUGCCAAGACCUUGAUUUGGUGAUGUGGGUGUUUUGUGAGCAGACAGAGUUGAGGGGCUACCCUGAACUGGGAGAGCCUGAUAUCGUGGUCAAUGUUAAUAUGAUUCACUUUGUGAUUGCUCGUGGACUUAAUAUCAGAGAAUCAGCUCAUGGCUUGCUGGGUCAGUUUUGGAAUGUUCCCAUCACCAUUGAGCGCUACUUGGGCUCUCUCUCUGAUGGCAGCACACGAGACGAUACCUACAUCCUGACUGUCAACUAUCCGAACAUGUCCCCUCGUCGUUUUGUGACCUUUCUUCACUCUGUAACUUGGGACAGACGAGGAAAAGAGUACUGUUUGUACGGGGGUAACCGACAGGGUGGAGGGAUACUUGAGAUAGAGUCACCAAAUGAUCCCAUUAUCCAGGGACGCUACAGAGAUUAUAUCGUGGGGGAACAGUUCGGAGUGGACUUUGCGUAUUCUCAUUUCGAAUCUUCUGAGUGCAGUCUGUGAAUAAUUAUCAUAGCAAUUAUAGAGAGACUUCUAAGUGUGCGUUAAUUGUAAUUAUAAUCUUUCUUGUGUCACUGUUAUUGUUAUGUGCUAGCUAGUCUACUAUCGUUUUAAUUUGUAUACAUGACUCUACUAGUGGCUAUAAUUAGUACAAACUCUAUUUCCUUAUUCCAAUAAUUGC